AUGAGGGAGAAUUUGAACGUGAGCAGACAAGAUGUUAAGGAUGAUUCUGAUGUUUAUCAUGAAGCUACAUCAGGAAAUGUCUCUAAGGAAACUUUAACAUUGGGUGAUAUUUUAUCGAUGGAGGAUUCCCAAAAACCUUCCAACAAAAACAACAGCAAUGGACCGGAAGAAAGCGUAGCACGUGAAACAGAACUAAAGAAAACAGAGGAAUCAAAAGCAGACAGCUUAAGAGUUUUUGAUGGCAAUUUCCAAAACGGUUUCGGCGAAAGAAGUUUCUCUGAAGCAGAGUCAGGUUUAGCUCACAUAACUUACUCUGGAGCCAUCUCAGUCUCGGGAAGCCUCUCUGUUCUUGAUGGAAGCACAGUCAGCGCACACUCCUUCGCUUUCCCAAUAUUGCAAUCAGAAUGGAACAGCAGUCCUGUAAGAAUGAUGAAAGCUGAGAAAAGAGAAUUUCGGAAGGAGAAAGGAUGGAGACACUACUCUCUUCUUCUCUGUUGUAGAUUCUGA